AUGUCAACGCUCGUCUCUCUCAUCGAAAAGGAGCUUUCGGAACCAUACAUCGUCUACACGUAUCGCUACUUUGUCAAUCAAUGGCCCUCACUCUGCUUUUUCGCUUUUCACCCUUCCUCCACCGACGCUGUGGGCGUGAUCGUAUGCAAGCUCGACCGACACCUCAAAGGCGCGUUGCGUCUGAUGCGUGGGUACAUCGCCAUGAUCUCGGUCAAGCAUUGCUUUCGAGGUCAAGGCAUCGCAAAGAAGCUCGUGAAACGAGCGUUGCACGAGAUGGUCGAGAAAGGAGCGCAAGAAGUGGUGCUCGAGACCGAAGCGGAUAACACGGCAGCGUUGGGGCUGUAUGAAUCAUUGGGAUUCGUGAGGGAGAAACGGUUGCAUCGGUUCUAUCUGAACGGAAAGGAUUCUUUCAGGCUCGUCCUGCCCGUUCCAAAGAGUAUGCAGAGACCAAUAGCGCCAGGGAUAGAUUCGCCACCUCCAACAGAUCUCGUCCAACCACCGUUUCCACCAAGCUCGCCAUCAGCUCCGCCGACAAUCAACAACGAACAACAUCCGUUUGCCGAUACCCCAACCACCCACAGCAUACCUUGA